CUUCUCCUGAAAUAUUUUGAGUACAGUCUGUUGUUCUCAUGGUAGAGAUAAUUCUGGACCCGAAGAUCCGAAUGGUAGGAAUCGACUGCGUGAUCCGGUUUGUUCUGAUUCGGCACCGACUUACAUUUCACUUUAACGUUUGUACAUCUGGGACCGCACGGUUUUGGGAGUUCUCCCGCAAGAUAGGAGGAUGCCAGUUAAGAAGAAGAAAACUACGUGGAAAGUAGGAGGGAAUGAGGAUGAUGGCGGGGAGGAUGAGGCUGUCAAUUUUAAAUCAAGUAACAGCAACAUCCACAGAAACAACAAAAACAAAAAAUUUGAGGGCGACAACUUUGCAGAAACGAUCGCGAUAAAUAUUUAUGAAAAGUCGCACGACCACAGCAAUGACGACGACACAUGUGGCACCGACAACAACAACGGCAACUUCAAAAGCAGUAACAACGGCUCAUACUUUCUCAACAAAUUCACUAAGAAGACGACGAAAAAGGAGCCUGGCAAGAGCACUAACAACACGAGCACAUCGACGAUGCCUCCUGCUGGCAUCUUGAAGCCAUCCCACUCGGCAGCGACGACAGCCUCAACAAACAAACGUCCAAGUUACGCCGGCGAGCACAGGAACAGGGCAGCUAAAAUGGCCUCAAAGUCGAACAAAAAGUGGAUUCGAUUAGCAACAGUCGUUGCCUACGUAAUAGCUGUUUCGUUAGCGGCCGUAGCGUUGGCUGUUUAUUAUAGUGUUGUGUGGCAUCCAGAUAACUUGGGAAACAAUGCAGUAUCAGGAUCAACAUCAUCUUCUUCAUCGUCGUCGUCGUCGUCACCAUCAUCAACAACAACGACAUCAUCUCAUUCUUCGUCGUCACCAUCGUUAUCACCUUCGACAUCCUCCUCAUCACUAUUUAUUCAAUCAUCUCCAUCAUACCCAACCUUUCCAUCUCAGACUGCAAGCAUUUGAAUGUAAAAAUAACUUUUAACAUUGUUUCUUUGCGCUGCUACUAAUAACUACUUUCACUACUUGUACUAUUACUACAACUAAUUUUACUACUACCAUUACUACUACUGCUUUUAGUAAUGGUUAUAACUAUUGCAAAAAUUUAUUCAAGCUCUGUCAGUACUAAUGAUACGUCUCUCUAUUCCUGUUGUGUACAUUUGCUACCAUUUGCUGUUCUAAAUACUUUAAAUAAUUUAAUUUGUGUAUACUACUGCUCUGUUACUAGUGCUAAAAACAUCUCUUUUGUAGUUGCUACGACCUUAAUAUUAUGAAAAUUACUGCGGCAUCGAUAUAUUUCCAUCUUAAUUAUCUACUUUCCGUCCUUUUUUAUAUUUUUAGGCAGUAGGGCUAACAUUUCCCUUGCGCGUUUACUCUGUUGUACUAGAUACAAAACAUUGUGUAAAGAGGAUGUUUAAUGACAUUUCUUAAAAAACAUUUUAUUCUCAUUUAUAAUAGUUAUAUAUAUAUAUAUAUAUAUAUAUAUAUAUAUAUAUAUAUAUAUAUAUAUCUUGAAAGGUGAGAUUUCAAAAUUGUGAAAUUCGGGAAUAACAAGUGUUCAAAAAUAAUGCAAAAAGAGAGUUGUAUUAAUAGUUGAUGAGUUGUGAAAUUAUUUUCAAUUAUAAUUAUAUAUAUGAUAUAUGUGUGUAAUAUAUAUUAUUCUGUAUGUCAUACUGUAUUUAAAUAACAUUUUUUCUAAUGAUAAUAAUGAAAAUUUUAUGUUUUCUGUUUCAACAAUUGCUGAAAAUAACUGUAAUUUUGAAUGUUUAAUUUGUUUGGUCGCGUACCCUUUUAAAAACUUUAGAUUUUAAACCGACUCUAAAAUUGUAUUUGAGUUAUCGAAUAGUUUGAUAAAUUAGAGCGUCUCGAAACAGCACAUCUCUCAACUCGCAAAAAUUUUAUUUCACGCUUGGGUUUUUGUUUUGUUUUCGUCAACAUUUUGCUAAUUUACCGCGAUAUUGAUGUUUCUCGUCAGUUUAAUCAUCAAAUUCAUUUAAAAAGCAAUUUAUUGUUUGGCAAAUAAGUCUUUGUUCAGGUU